AGACGGACCAAGUUGGCAGCAUUGUCCAGAAAGUACAAGAAAAUGCGCGUCUUUGAUGUCUAGUCCGAAAGGUCCGCGGCUGGGUCGUCUGUCAUGUACAGGGCAAAAUCCUCCAUCCCAGCGUGAGGCAUCGGCAGUGUCGACUCAGCAGUGGCAGCUGUUGCAUUUGGCUGGGAGAGCUUGCUUUUGUUGCCCGCGCGCUUUUGCACUUCCGCCUUGAGCGCGGCCCAAUCUCGUUCAGGGGAUGGAGGCAGUUCACAUCCGAGGUUCGCUUGAUGGUCAGCACCUUCAUUGCCUGUAUCCCCAGCGUGGCCCUUCACAUACUCAAAAUGGACCUUCUGCUGGUUAGCCAUACGUUCUUGUAGAAGCGCGGCGCAGUGCUUAAUGAUACCGAGGUUCUUCACAGGAGCGCCUGCUGCCGUCUUGAAGCCCCUGGUCUGCCAUUUUGGUAGGUACUCUUUGAAACACUUGAUACUGUAACUCGAGUCCGUCCUGAUCAAAAGCGGGAUUUUGGUAAAAGGUAAGGUCUCUAAUAUUCGAACAAUGGCGAUGAGCUCCGCGCGGUUGUUCGUCUGGUCACCAGGACAGCGCUCCGCAAUGUUCCGAGGAUCGUUGGGCCCCCACCACACGCCCACGCCCGCGACUGCGCCAGCCUUGCCAUUUCCUCGGCACGCGCCGUCACAGUACACGAUCUGCCAGCCAGUAGUGUCCUCGAUUACGUCCUUCCCAAGUAAAGAGCCGCGUGAAGGCUCUUUUGCUUUGCCCUUGGGAACUGCAGCCACGGGCGAAAACCGCGGUAUCUUCUGGGCUGUUAGUUUGGUAGCGGUGCUCGUCGAGGCAGUCGGGGAAGCUAGCGCAGGGGUCGGAGCAGACGUUUGCAAGACGGGUGCGGACACGCCGUUCAUCGUGAGCCAUUGUUUCGCCUCAGCUUCCGUCUUGAACUUUUUGUGUUUUGCGCCCGGGAAGCCGUUCACCUGGCCCUCACAGUCGUCCCAGGUCCCAUAUACUCCCGGAUUGAACCCUUUCGCUACAGCAUAAUAGCCUGUCGCAGCUUUUGGCAUCUUGCGUGUCACUCGGUUGGGAGUAGCUGACUGUAUGCGUGGUGGGAGAGAGACAAGUUGCAGAGGAGUAAAUCGAUGCCCAAAGGGUCGUCGAGAUGACCUCAAAUAUCGUGCCAGGAUUGGGUAUCGAGAUAUAAUCGUGGGGAAAGGCGAAGACCAAAAUGCCAAGCGUGAGCCGCGAUUAGUGACGUGGGAGCUACAUUCCUUUUCUGGCGUCUGCCGCACAGGCUAAAGGUGGUCUGUAUCCCGUCCUUCAGUUGUAGUGAACGAGUCUGCCGACAUACCACGCUCGCCCACAUCCUGCUCCGCGCAUAGGCAUCGGCGACCCAGGGCUUUGGUGAUACCCGUGCAUACCGUUCCCUCGGGUAUCCUCUGCUGCGGGAACUACUGGAGCUGCAGCAACAACGAACCGGACGAAUGGGUUUCCACUAUGUCCUCUCGCUCCUCGUCCACCAUGCCUUCCGUUGGGCCGCAGGAUGAGCUUACCGCCGCAGUAUCAAGCGUCGUUGAGUCUUUGAAGCCGCUCCAAAAGGCCCGCUUCCUGCUCGACCACGUCUUGAAGCUCAUCGAAUCUGGGAGGUACAAUGAAGAGGCCGAGAAAUAUCUCGAGGUGUAUCUCAGGACACCAGGGCUAUCCAACGAAGACAAGGCGAAAGCGCUACUCGCCCGCGGAAACGCCCAACGCAUGCUAGGAGAGAGAAUGCUUGCGCGAGCUCAGCAGGACUUCCAAGCUGUCGCCAACCUCGACCCAACGAAUCGUGAGCUCCAGUUGUACUUACGCCGCGGGAACAUUAUCCACUUUGUUGACGAGCCCGCGUCGCACCGUGCGCCUCCCGAGGUGUGGGACCGCAUCGCACGGUUCAUCCCCCGGUACCACCUCCGGACAUGGCUCUUCGUGUCGCGGUUUCACAGGAAUAUCGCUGUACGGAUUAUCUUCCACACACUCGACCUCUAUUUUGGCGAAGAUCAGGAUAAUCCGAGGGAGAACCUCAACCGUGGGUUAGACAUUUUCGACCGAGUGAAAGCGGAUCCAGCGUUUGCGCGUCAAAUCAAGGUCUUGCGUCUUCACUGGGCAUACGAAGAAGGGGACAUGCUGGAUCUGAUGACCAGGAUAUUCCGCACUACGCUUCCAGCGUUCACAUCUCUCAAGGAGUUCGAGUGGAUAGGAUACCCCGAGCUGCGCGCUGACAUGGUCCAAUCCAUCUUUACUUCUCAUCCGCACCUGCAUGCUCUUGGUCUUAUCGGCUGGCACUUCGAUGCGGUGGGCGUCAGCGGGUUCCGCAGCCUCUGCAAGUUUACCUUGCGCGCUGAGGAUGACGACGGUUUUGCCGACAUGGGAGAAGUCCGCACGGUACUCGACAUGAACGAGUCAACUCUCCGGCAUCUGACGCUUGGCGCGUACUUGCAGCGGACGCACUCGUGGGAUAGCGCCUUCCAAAGUGCGACGAUCCGCAACUUGACACAUCUCGACCUCGUCGACACUCGUAUCUCCCACACUGUGCUUGCGCGCAUCGCGCACGCGCACAAUCUGCAGAGCCUGACGCUGCAUGGUACGUUUGAAGAGCCGAGCGCAGCGAGCGUCGUCUUCGGUUCGGAUCACAUCAUCGGUGAUAAGCACACUUUCCUGCCGCACCUCCAGGAGUUCCGCUUCGUCAUGAUCGGGCACGACGACGAAUGGGGGCUCUUCCAGAGCGUGACACAAUUUCUCAAAGCGCGUCGACGCCUCCGCCGUCUCGACCUCGGUUCGUGCCCCUGGGAGCUCGUCCACGCUGUCCUGCCCGACCUCGUUGGUCUCCGCGUCCUCCGCGUCCGUAUCGCGAAUCUGAGCAAUAUCGCACUCAAUUCGCUCCUCGCUUGUCUUCCGCGCGAGAUGGUUGCCAUUCACCUGUCGAGUGCCGUCUCCGAGAAGCCAAUGCACCGCUACUCGUCGGCCUUCAGAAUCUUUCACGCGCUGUCCAUCCUGCAUCUUCAUCAGAACUGCCGGCGCCCCCAGCCGAACCUCCUUUCCGACAAGGACUUCCAGGUGCAGACCGAAUUCUGGCAUGCCAGCCUCCGCUCGAUUGCGCUGAACGUGCCAAGUGUAGACUUUGUCGGCUGGCAUGGCGAGCAUUACGUCGUCGUCCGCGGCGGUGAGGAGGGCGGGAAUGUCGAGAUGAAAGAGCUUCCCGCUAGGCGCAAACUGGAUUGUGGAAAGGGUGUAGACCUCGGAGGCGAUGACGCUGCUUGGCUGGAGAGGAAAGAUGUUCCGAUGGACUACGAAAUGUCGGGUUUGGAGGCGUGACAUUGGUGUACGGUAAGACGCGGCUGUGUCCGGCCACUCCUACUCGUGUACGUGCCAAAAAUAUAUCGAAAUAUAUGUUAUUACAAGACCCUUGACGGGUGUCUCCC